AUGGCCCCUUUAGAUCAUGACCACGGCGGGUUCGUGGCUUUCCCUGGUUGGGAAAACCCUCCAUCAUUUGCCUCUGGCAGCGAACAGUCACCCUCAGUCUCCUCGUCCUUUGAAUUUCAUGAAACUCCAAAAGAUGAGCCUUGUUUGAACGGUCUACCUUUCAGCACAGCUGACCAAAAGCUCUCUUCUUUCGAAAGCCCUCAUAUGCAAUUCGGAGAAUCUCACUUUUCAGGCCUUGACCAGACAUCUCAAUGGGUUCCCUCGACCUUCGAGCCCGAACUCUCAAGCCAGUCAUACUUCUCUAGCAACUUAACUGAGGCGCAACACUGGUCAAACCCUUUCCCUCUAGCCCCUUCAAGCCUGAUUCCCUUCUCUGGACUGCCCUACCACAUGGACACAACCUUAUCUAUCCCAGGAGGAGAGACUAGUAUGCUCAUAGCCGAGCCAUCAAGGCCCGACAAUCUCACUUUGCCUCACUCUCACUCUGAGCCUCACCCUCACUUUCAACCCGCGCUUUCACUUUCAGCUCAGCCCAGAAGGCAAAAUCAAAGCGAACACUCCUCUCCAACCUCCUCGGCAGACUCGAUCAAGGCAAGCCUACACUGCAGCGACUCCCGGGAUGCCCUCCUCAUCGAAUGGAAACGCUGUGGUCUCUCCUACAAAGACAUAAAGCAAAUCGGAGGAUUCAAAGAAGCCGAAUCCACCCUUCGAGGCCGGUUCCGGACGCUUACGAAGGCGAAAGAGCAGCGGGUUCGGAAACCGAAGUGGACGGAAACUGAUGUGAGUUUCCCAUGUCUUUCCAAAAACCGUGGCAAUGCGUGUAUCUAUGCGGGAGAAACAUGGCUAAUGGAUGGAAAACAGAUCCAACUCCUUGUUCAAGCUGUCUCCAAAUACGCGGAGUCCGGGGUUUCGUGGAAGAAGGUUGCGCAGCAUAUCUGGGAUCAUGGGGGCAGUUAUCAAUUCGGGAAUGCGACUUGUAAGAAGAAGUGGUGCGAGAUCCACAUUCUGAACGCUUGA